CUGGUAAGUCAUUUUCCCCUUUUACCCUCGCUCAAACAAUGCAGAGAAUCAGAGAUGGUGCUCCAAGCUCCUGUCAUUCGACGUCGUCCGAUUAUCUUCACCAUUUCCUAAACCUCAACAACUACUUUCUUCCCCCGUUACCACCUCCGCCGCAGUCUCUUCCAUUCCUCUGUCCCAAAUUACUCAUUCUAUGAUUCCUCCCAAUUUUGGUUCCCUGCUAUUCUCUGCCCCUUCAACAUUACAAGUUACAUCAAGCUCUAAUAGGUCUUAUUCACUUCCUGUCUCUGUAAGUUAGGGUUUAUAUUUUGCUCGAUAUUUUUGAAUUUGGUAUUAUAUUAUGAUACAAAAUCCGAUGAAUUGAGGUGGGAUAGCUUAUGUAAAAAUUUGGUUGUUACUAUGAACAACAGUUUGCAUUCUCUGAGAUGCUUACUAGAAAAAUGUAGCAAAAACGAGAAUCUAAUCACCCAAAUCCACGCUCAUGCCACAACCCUAGGUCUCUUUCGCACUCAACAAGAUUUUCGCGUGUAAGCUACUCAACAUAUACGCCAAAAAGUUAAACAAUCCAACCAAAGCUCAGGGGAUCUUUGAUCAGAUUCAUAACCCAGAUAUAGUUUCAUGGACUUGUCUCAGGUCUCUUUACUUGCAAAACCAACAACCCUUCAAAACGCUCUCUUUAUUUUCUAACAUGAUCGUGUCAACUGGGUUGAACCCAGAUGGGCAUUGCAUCGUGGCUGCACUUUCAGCUUGUGGCUCUGCUAAGAAUCUGGUGGUUGGGAAGAUAGUUCAUGGGAUGGUGUUGAGAUAUGAGUUGGGUGGUGAAGAACCCAUUGUUUCCAAUGCUUUGAUUGAUCUCUACAGUCGAAAUGGUCAAAUAGGUUUAGCCAGGAGAGUGUUUGAAUCCAUGGUUGUCAAAGACGUUGCUUCCUGGACAAGUUUGCUAAAUGGCCAUAUCAUAUGUGGUGAUAUUGUUUCUGCUGGCCAAGUGUUCGAUGAAAUGCCUGUGAGAAAUGUCAUCUCUUGGACUGCCAUGAUAGUGGGCUAUGUCCGAAGCAAAAACGUUAUCCAUGGAUUAAAACUGUUUAGGGAGAUGAGAAGUGAUUACAUUUAUCCUACUUCAAUCACAAUAGUAGCUGUUCUUUCCGGUUGUGCAGAUGUUGGUGCCCUUGAUUUUGGUGGAUCAUUGCAUGGAUACAUUAACAAGAUAUCAAAUCUUGUCACUGAUGUCUCAGUGAACAAUGCUUUGAUAGAUAUGUAUUGUAAAGGGGGAAACCUCGAAUUGGCCACAAGGGUAUUCAUGAAAAUGUAUAAAAAAGAUGUCUUUUCUUGGACAAGUAUGAUUUCAGGAUUAGCUCUUCAUGGGAAAGGAAGAUUAACACUUAAAGUGUUUAAUGAUAUGGUAUCAAGUGGAAUGACCCCAAAUGAUGUUACAUUUUUAUCAGUUCUAUCAGCUUGUGGUCAUGGAGGACUAAUUAAGGAAGGAAUGUCUCUUUUUACCAAAAUGGUUCAUGAUUAUGGUUUAAAACCAACAAUGAAACACUAUGGUUGUAUGGUGGAUCUUGUUUGUAGGGCAGGGGAUUUAAAAGAAGCACUCAGGUUGAUUGAGAUGAUGCCUUUUGAACCAGAUGCUGUUAUCUGGAGAUCUGUUUUGAGUGGUUGUAUGAUGAAAAGAGAUGUAGGGUUAGCUGAAAUUGUAGCAAAGAAAAUAGUGGAAUUAGAACCUUAUGAUGAUGGAGUGUAUAUUCUUGUUUGGAAUUUAUAUCGGUUAACAAACAAGUGGGAAGAUGCAUUAAAGACAAGAAAGGUUAUGAGAAGUCAAAAGAUUAAGAAACAGCCUGGGUGUAGUUGGAUUGAGAUUAAUGGUUUUGUUCAUGAAUUUACUGCAGAGACCACAAUUCAUUAUGAGUUUAUGCAUACUAUUUUACAUGUUUUAGGUGAACAACAAACAGUCUGA